CUCCAUUCGAAGAGGAGCUUUUUCUUCCUCACAACACAACCUAAUUUAUUAAAAAGAGGCAAUCUAUUUCCGUCAAUUGCGCACUGUAUUCUAAUCUAUCCCCCCAUUUCCCAUUCCUUCCAUCCCACACAAAAUGUCGUCCUUACGCAACGCCGUCCAGAGACGGCAACAUCGCGAACGAGGACAACUCGAAGGCAGAGAGAAAUGGGGUAUCCUAGAAAAGCACAAGGACUACUCCCUCCGAGCAAAAGACUACAACACCAAAAAAGCCAAACUAAAGCGCCUCGAAGAAAAAGCCCGCAGCCGCAACCCAGAUGAAUUCGCCUUCGGGAUGAUGUCCGAGCGGUCCCGUGUCAAAGGCAAGCAUGGUGCGCGGGACUCCGCUGCGGCGCGCGGAUUAAGUCAUGAUGCAAUCAAGCUUCUCAAGACGCAGGAUGCCGGAUACCUACGUGUAGUUGGGGAGCGGAUACGAAGGGAGAAAGAGAAGAUCGAGCGGGAUAUUCGACUUCAAGAGGGGAUGCAGGAGAUUUUUGGCGAGGAUGAGAAGGAUAAUACCAAGGAUGACAACGGUGACGAUGAUGACUCUGAUUUUGAUUUUGACUUUGAUGAUGAGAAGAAGAAGAAUAAACCGCGGAAGCUCGUGUUUGCAGAUUCUCGGGAGGAGCAGAAGAAACUGAAGAAGCAGAUCAGGGAUGAGGAGGAUGCUGAUUCCGAUGACAACAAAGACGAAGAUGAAGGCGACGACUCCUUUCUAAAACAGCUGCAGAACCAGAGCCGGAAUCAGAAUCAACAGAGGAAAUCCAAGAAGCAGCUCGAGGCCGAACGACAGGCUAUCGUCGAAGCUCGUCGAGCGAGGAAGUUGAAGAAACGAGCCACUGAGGCGAGGCGGAAUAAGCUUGCCGCGCUCACGAAGCAGUACAACGAGAUCGUAGCUGCGGAGCGGGAGCUGGAUUGGCAGCGAGGGAAGAUGGAUAAUUCUGUUGGAGGGACGAACAAGAACGGGAUCAAGUGGAAGAUCCGGGAGAGGAAGAAAUGAAAUAACCUGGUGCGCUUGAUGAUUUGCUUUAGCUUCGUGGUGUUCGGUUGAUGAACAUGAUGGCUAUGCUUUCUUUCUUUUUUCAUCCUUUCGUUCUAUUCUGUCUCGUCCUGGUUCGAUGGUCGAGGUACUGGGCCAAAAAGGUUUGGGAUAUCGGAAUACGUGCUUUUUCUGUCUGCAUGCAAUUUUAUAGACAUAGACUACACUCCAACAUUACUACCAUAUUGUGACGCUAAGGUCGAUUGUCUUGGAAUUUUGGCCCGAAGAGAAUCGAAUAAAAAAGAAAACAAAA